AUGGCCUUCAUCCUCUUUUCUACCGUGACAGCGAAACCAGUCUCCGACACUGCUACUGGCUCUGUGGCAUGGGCCGACUCUGAAAACUGCCAUCGAUUCUACGAAUGCCCUGUGGGUGGAAAACCGGUUUUGAAGACUUGCGGCCCGGGAACUGCGUUUCAGGCGAAGACUAGCGUCUGUGACUUUGAGCACCUAGUGGAAAGCUGCUGGCAUCACAAGUAG